UGAAAAUAUUACCUUGAAUUUUUAUAAUUUCUGAGUAAAACAAGGAUGUACAGUCAUCAUUUUCACUCUACCAUUUGUAACUAAGUAAUUUAAAGUAUUGAUGAAAUGAUUUUUGAUACAUGUCUGGUUUAAAAUGAACAAAGAAGUACACAAGAAGGAGGUUUUGUAAUUAUUAUUGACUGCCUAAAAACUGGUUUAAUGGAUUUCCCAAUUAAGUAUUUUUCAGUUUUCAUUUUAAUACACUUAUAAAGUAAACACAAUACGAUUAAUAUGCAUGAAUUUUGCAAUACAGUUAUCAAAGGUGUGGUAUGCCUAAGAUAACAAGCGGUGGUUGGUAAUAUCCGUUCAAAUUGCGAUAACCAAAUGAUUGUAACUUGGAAAUUAGUUUAUUUUGUCUGUGUGCAACUGGCAGUAAUCAACAAAAUGAGAUUGCAACUACCUCUUCUAGUCUUUACUGUGUUUUUAUCAAAUGCUACAGGUUUUUUAAUAAAACAUGAAAUAAUUGUAUUCCCUGUACCUACUGAUGUUGACUUAGGAAAGCCUCUACUCUUAACACCUUAUUUAGAGGAAGGUGAUUAUGAAAAAGCCCAAAAUCUCUCUCUAGUAAAACCGGAAAUCGGAAAUUCAACGAGUUAUUCUGGAUUCUUUACUGUGCACAAAAAAUGUGAGAAUAACCUGUUCUUUUGGUUCUUCCCUGCUCAAAGAUCGGAUUGGGAGGAUGCACCAUUGAUACUUUGGCUACAAGGAGGUCCAGGAGCUCCUUCCUUGUACGGACUCUUUGAAGAGCUUGGACCUUUUGAAUCAUUUGAGACUGGAUUGAGGAAACGUAAAUAUUCUUGGAACAAUGAAAACAACCUACUCUUCAUAGACCAGCCAGUGGGAACGGGCUACAGCUUCACCGGGAAGGAAUGCUACCGUACAAGUGGAGAAGAGGUCGGUGAAGAUCUUUACAACGCAGUUGUACAGUUCCAUGAGUUAUUUCCGAAUCUGCAAGGCAACAAAUUUUUCAUCAGUGGAGAAUCGUAUGCGGGACAUUAUAUUCCUGCACUUGGCCACAAAAUUCAUGAACACAAUCCUUCAGCCAAGGUGAAGAUCAAUUUAGUUGCAAUGAUGAUCGGUAAUGGAUGGAGUGAUCCUGUAAAACAAAGCGACUAUGGAACCUUCCUUUACAACUUAGGAUUUAUUGAUGAUGAAGCAAGAGAAAUCUACAAAAUCCACCACGAAAUGUUUGUGACAAGUGUCUCAAUAGGUGACUGGUAUGGAGCAUUUCAAUUAUGGGCAAGCAUGAUAUCAUUUUUAAGGGCUGAGUAUGUUGGUCAAGUGAGCAUAUACAACUAUCUACCAACAUCUGACAAAGAAACACAAAACUGGUAUGAGUUCGUGCAGUCAGCUGAGAUACGGAAAGCUCUUCACAUUGGAGAUUUAGAAUUUCAUAAUCUCUCGAAGGUGUAUAGAAAACUUGUACCUGACUUUGUAAAAUCAAUAAAACCCUGGGUGGAAGAUCUACUGGAGUUCUACCCAAUGAUCUACUACAGCGGUCAACUAGAUAUCAUUUGUAACUAUCCAAUGACCGUCAGCUUUCUUCGUUCCAUGACAUGGAGUGGAGAGGCUCAGUAUCUGAACGCCACCAGGACCAAGUGGUGUGUGGGAGAGGAACUUGCCGGUUACUACAAGGGGGUGCACAAUCUGUACGACGUGUUGGUGCGUGAUGCAGGUCACAUGGUACCAGCAGACCAACCUCUCUGGGCCUAUACCCUUAUGAACUCUAUCACUUCGGGAACACCAGAUAACCCUCUGCAUGCCCUUACACCUUGCUAAACACUACUAUCAGUCUUAUUGUCACUUAAUUAAAUAAUGAUACUAUACGUCUGCAGACAGCUCCUUACAUGCUCUCACACCCUGAGAUCAGCAGAGAAUUAUCAAUACUUUUAUCAUUUAGUUAGCUGAUAAUAUAAUAUACCAUUUUUGUCAUUUUUUAUACCACUAUUCUUGCAGGGAUUUAUUAAUUUGUGACAUAAUAUAAUUCUAGAAGAACUCUUUAAUAAAUGUUCACUCAUUCGUCCAUUUUAGUAGUUUAGAUUCAUUCAAUUGCUUGUUCUUUUUUUGAAAUUUAAGAAAGUUAAUUUAAUUUUGUUAUUGGCUUGUAAACAUUUUACAGGAUGGAUAUGAAUGUAUCCAAAUAGUAGAUUACUUUCAGAGAUGAUUGACUGAACAAUAAUGAUAUUUUUAAAAGCAUUGAAUCUUGAGUUCAUUUUCAGAUUUACAAGCUUGAUAUACUUAUUAUUCUGUUAUCAUCUAUAGUAACCACCAAAAAACUAUAAUGAGCUAUCACUAUAAAUUGAUAUAUGGUAACACCCUGUAUAUGGAAUACUACAGUAUUUUUGUUCUAUUGGGAUUACUUUAUAUAUUGGGCCUCAUUCGUGUAAAAUUUUCAACAACGGUCAUCCCCAAUAUAUUUAUGGAUUUUUCAAUUCUGUCAUUGAUUUUGAUUUAAAAUUUUUCUACAGUGUUUCUAGAUAUUUUGAGAUUUGAAUCAUCUGGGUAUAGAGAAUUAUAGCUGAAUUAUGUAUUAAGAUUUUCUCAUUCUAUGCAGAGAACAAAGGAACAAUAGGGGGCUAAUUUUAUAUCCCUGUGGCUCUCCAAAAUGUAUUUUUUCAAACACUGAAAGUUAUUCUGUUUAGAUUAAUAUUAGAUUUAUCUGUUAUUUCUGGAAAUUGUACCUCCAUGUAAUGUAUAAUAAAACCAAGCUAAAACUAA